CCAAAGUACACCGAGAUGUCCCAAAAGAUUGCUAUCCUCUCUGUCUACGACAAGACCGGCCUCCUUGAGUUCGCCAAGGAUCUUCACGCCUUGAACGUCCGCCUUCUUGGCUCAGGUGGAACUGCAAAGCUUGUUCGUAACGCUGGUAUUCCUAUUGGUGAUGUGUCUGAAAUUACCAAGGCUCCUGAGAUGCUUGGUGGACGUGUCAAGACACUCCAUCCUGCUGUUCACGGUGGUAUUCUUGCCCGUAACAUCGAAAGCGACGAGAAGGAUCUUGCCGAACAACACAUUGAAAAGAUCGAUAUUGUUGUCUGUAACUUGUAUCCCUUUGAGGAGACUAUUGCUAAGCCUAAUGUCACCAUCCCCGAGGCUGUCGAGGAGAUUGACAUCGGAGGUGUCACUCUUCUCCGUGCUGCUGCUAAGAACCAUGCCCGUGUGUCUAUUGUGUCCGAUCCUUCUGACUACAAGAAGAUCAUUGAUGAGCUCAAGAAAGGUGAAAUUACCCAGGAAACUCGCAACACACUUGCCUUGAAGGCAUUCAACCAGACCUCCGACUAUGACUCUGCUAUCGCCGACUACUUCCGUCACCAGUAUUCCAACGGUGUUGCCAUGCUCCCUCUCCGUUAUGGUGCUAACCCUCAUCAGAAGCCUGCUCAGAUCUACACCAAGGAAGCCAAGCUUCCUGUUACUAUCUUGUCUGGCUCGCCCGGCUAUAUUAACUUCCUUGAUGCUCUCAACUCCUGGGCACUUGUCAAAGAGCUCAAGGAAGCCACUGGUCUCCCUGCCGCUGCUUCCUUCAAGCACGUUUCUCCUGCUGGCGCUGCCAUUGGUGUCCCCUUGACCGAGACCGACAAGAAGGUUUAUCACGUCAAUGAUCUCAAGGAGCCAUUGACACCCUUGGCCUCUGCCUACGCCCGUGCCCGUGGUGCUGACCGCAUGUCCUCUUUCGGUGACUUCAUUGCCCUUUCUGAUACUGUUGAUGUUGCUACUGCCAAGAUUAUCUCUCGUGAAGUUUCUGACGGUGUUAUUGCCCCCGCUUAUGAAGAUGCUGCUUUGGCCAUUCUCCAGAAGAAGAAGGGUGGAAAGUACUGUGUUCUCCAGAUGGACCCCAACUACGAGCCCGAAGAGAAGGAGAUCAGACAGGUCUAUGGCCUUUACUUGGAGCAGAAGCGUAACACAGUCAAGAUCGAUGCUUCAUUGUUCACUAACAUUGUCACAAAGGACAAGAACCUUCCCAAGGAGGCUCUCCGUGACAUGAUUGUCGCUACUAUCGCUCUCAAGUACACUCAGUCUAACUCUGUAUGCUAUGCCAAGAACGGUAUGGUCAUUGGCCUCGGCGCCGGUCAACAAUCCAGAAUUCACUGUACUCGUCUUGCCGGUGACAAGGCUGACAACUGGUGGAUGCGCCAUCACCCCAAGGUCCUCGCUCUUGACUUCAAGAAAGAAGCCAAGCGUGCUGACAAGUCCAACGCCAUUGAUCUUUAUGUAACUGAGCAGACUGGUGAGGGUGUUGAGCGCAAGGCCUGGGAGGCUCACUUCAACACUGUCCCUACUCCUUUGACCGCUGCAGAGCGUAAGGAAUGGAUGGCACAGCUGAAGGACACUGUCGUAUCUUCUGAUGCCUUCUUCCCCUUCGAUGACAACGUUUUCCGUGCUCGCCGCUCGGGUGUCAAGUACAUUGCUGCUGCCUCUGGCUCCGUUCAGGAUGAAGCUGUUAUCGCCGCUGCUGACUCUAACAACAUGGUCUUUGCCCACACCAACCUCAGACUUUUCCACCAUUAAAAUAUCUUUCAUCUUCAUCUAUCUUUUAAUCCAAAAGCUCUCCUGUAUAUCUUUUUAGUCUUUAAUUCAUAUAAUGAAAAAUAUGAAAAUAAAUCACAGUUCUCAAACUGUCAAAUCUUUAUUUU